AUUAGAAUCGCUUUAAUUCACGUUUUUCACCAAACACUCACUUCUCAUUAUGUUACUUUACUAAUAUAUUGACUGGCUUUUACAAAGGAUCGCGUUUUAUGCUUUCAACGUAACGACUGGAAUUUUUAAACAUAAUUUUAUACAAUGGAUGACCUCUUCCAAAUCGAAAUCAAUGGAGGUGUUAGCGAGAAUACAGACCAGCUCAGCGAGGACGAAUUUGAAGCGCAAAUUUCCUGCUGUACAGACUUCCUCGAUGUCGAUCAGAUUGACUCAACAAUGGAAACUGUGGAUAUUUCGGAGGAAACCGUUAAUCCAAGCAACGAGAAAAUUGGACCAGAGUCAUUUGAACUGUUAAAAGUACUAGGAAAGGGUGGCUAUGGGAAAGUGUUUCAAGUAAGGCAAGUGGCAGGCCACAAUGCUGGGAAAAUAUUUGCUAUGAAAGUUUUAAAAAAGGCUACAAUAGUCCGAAGUCAAAAAGACACAGCUCACACAAAAGCUGAAAGAAAUAUUCUUGAAGCUGUCAAGCAUCCAUUUAUUGUGGAUUUAAUAUAUGCAUUCCAAACUGGAGGGAAAUUAUAUCUUAUUUUGGAAUAUUUAAGUGGUGGAGAACUUUUUAUGCAUUUAGAACGAGAAGGGAUUUUUAUGGAAGAUACGGCUACGUUUUAUCUAUCAGAAAUAACCCUGGCCUUAGAGCAUCUACAUAAACAAGGAAUCAUAUAUCGUGAUCUCAAACCAGAGAAUAUUUUAUUACAAGCUGAUGGUCAUGUCAAGUUGACAGAUUUUGGACUGUGCAAAGAGUCGAUAUUUGAAGACAAUGUUACACACACGUUUUGUGGGACCAUUGAAUACAUGGCGCCAGAAAUUUUAACAAGAAGUGGUCAUGGAAAAGCUGUUGAUUGGUGGAGUUUAGGGGCUUUGAUGUACGAUAUGUUGACUGGCGCUCCGCCGUUCUGCGGUGAAAAUCGAAAGAAAACUAUUGAUAAGAUUUUAAAGGGAAGAUUACAGUUACCGCCGUAUCUCACGCCUGAAGCUAAAGAUCUUCUAAGAAAGUUGCUAAAAAGAAGAACUCAUUUGCGUUUUGGCGGAGGAGCCGAUGAUGCGGACCCCAUAAAGAGGCACAAGUUCUUCCGUCAUGUGAACUGGGAUAAUUUGUUUGCCAGAAAGACAGAACCACCUUACAAACCCUCUGUGAGCGGCGAAGAUGAUGUAAGUCAGUUUGAUACAAAGUUCACUAAACAAACACCUGUUGAUUCUCCUGACGACUCCUGUCUAAGUGAAAGUGUUAACCAGAUAUUUUCCGGAUUCACUUACGUUGCGCCGUCCGUAUUUGAAGCAGUGCAUAAAGAUAUUUUGAAUUUACGACCUGUCAGAAACUCUCACGUAGCACCAACCAGUCCCCUCCGAGUCAAUGGUGAUACUGAAGCAAAAUUUGGAUUUGAAGACGUCUGGAAACCUAAUCGUCUUCCUAAUGGCACCACAACACGGCACAGUCCAGCGAAAAGGACGCUGGAGUUUACUCGGGAUGAAUGCAAAAAGAUGGAAACAGAUUACAGCUCAAGUCCUGCCCUCACCGGAGCAAAGAUCCCUCGGAAUGCGUCUGCACUCGUGGAAGUGUCAAGGUGACGGCCGUUCUUCAAACUCGAUGCAAUAUACUUAUGCUGACAUGAAUUAAGGAAUCCAUAAGUUCGUGUUGCCAGUAGAUUUGCGCCGUCUGCAGGCUCAGAUGCGUAGUAUAUUUUUAAUUUAAAGUAUGAAAUAAUCCGUUAUUUAACAAUUCUUGAAGUUCUUGGUUAGUUUGGGAAAAAUUGAGUGCAUGUUACCUUUAGUUUUAACGAUAAUGAACUGAUUCGUACGAGAACUUAGAUGUGGACAAACGUUUUUACUCGUUUAGGAUUUGAACUUUUUGAAAGUCCAAAGUCAGAAUAAUAUAUUAAAGGUUUUUGUUGAAGGGUUAAUAAAGUACAUUGAGGGUCCGUGCAUGUACAUCACUGGAUCUAGAGAUAACAGUUUUUGAAUUUCGAAACAGGUCAAUAUACUUUCUAACCCUUUGAGGAAGAACCGUUAAACAAAACUUUCCAUUUUAUACAGUCUGCACCAAUUGAAAAUAUUCUAUUCUUGGUAUAGUCUAGAGAGGAUGUCUGAUUUAGCAAAGCAGAUUUAUCAGUUUAUUUAUUUAAUAUUUUAUAUUCGUAAAUUAAAUCAUGGAUAAUAGUGAGGUUUAGGUAUAUAUUAUUAGUGAAGUUUGUUUGGAGUUUCAAAAAUGACAUUGAAUUCACCAAAACUGCUUCUAUGAAGGAUAAGUUGCAAGAAAGAUUGGUCAAUCAUUUACCUACCUUGAAACACCAAACUGGCUUAUAUUUAGUAGUCUAUAGGAGGAUUUGGCGGAGUAAUUAGACGUUAUCGGACAAAAACGGUGGCAAAUUAUGUAAAAUCAUUUCAGCUUUUAAAUGAUUCUAGUUUUCAAAACACAGCUAGUUGCCAUUGCUUUACCUCAAAAGUUUGAACGUCGUGUGUUUUUAUACCAUUGCUCCACGAUAGCGUUUAAUCCCACCAAUAUAAAAAAUCCUAUUCAGUAGUGGUUCAGCCGGCUUUUUUUUUUGAGAGGUAGUUUUUAAGAAGUCGGAAUAUUUUGAGAAAGGAUAAGAAAAAUGCUGGUCAUGAACUACCGUUGGGUGCCCUGUGCCCAUGAAAAUAAUAAUAUAUUCUAAUAAUCAAGAAAGAUAUUUUAUAUACAUUCUAUAACUAGUUUGUAGUUUACCGUCCAGUAAUGUUUACGCACAGUAAAAUCCAUCUUUAAUGCAUAUAUAUGUAUAUAUAUUGUUAUUAGUGUUUGGGGACUCGUGUAAAUGUAUAUUUUCAUGUUCUGUUCUUAUGAUUGCUGGAAUACAAUUACCAUUAUAAACAUA